GACAAGGAGGGGAAAGGUAGAGGGAGAGAUAUACCUGGCAGGCAGGGAGGGAGGGAGGCAUUAUCAAAGGGGGGGAGGAACAUUGAGAGGGAGGGAGGGAGGAGCCCUUGGUCCAGGGCUUCUGACCUGGUGUCUUUGAGCUCCACCUCGGCUGAGGGAAGAAAAUCUCACUGAGGAUUUGCUGUUGGGACCUUCAGACUGAACUCUGAGUCCUCGGAACUUUUCUCCUUUUGGAUUCAAUUUACUGGAAAAUUCAUUCAGAGACUCAGAGACCUGACUAUCUACUGGAGUCCUUCCUCCUGAACAAGAGACUUCCAAGUGUGUGAGUAAUAUGAGGAAGCCUUUGAAUGGGAUGGAUCCUGGAAUCAGACUGCAGGGCUUCCAUUGUGUUUAGACGGGGAAGCAGCAUGCAAACAAAUCGGUGAACCGUUGCGGCCUGUCAAACCCCCGCCCUCGAAGCCACCAGCACCACCAACCCAGCUUGAGGGAGGAUUCCAGACACUUCCACUCUGCCUGACAACCUGCGCCAAACACCAUGGAUUUUCUGCUACCCAUAAGGAGUCGAGACAAGAUGGCGUCCUCUAGCUCUGAGCCUCUUUUGGGCCCUCACAGUAGGUGUACCAGGCACCAAUACCAUUGUGUCAAAAGAAAGAUGCGGCCUGGACGGAUUCUGGGCUUCAUCAUCAGUAUGGUGGCGGUCUGCACAUUCUGUUCAUGGAGUGCCUUCUCGCUGGUCACAAUGGUGGCAAAGGAGCUGGAAUCAUCCAUUGAGGGCUCAGCAGAAGCGGCAGUGCCCCAAAGAACUCUUCUGCAGUACCAUAACAUCUCAGCCGCACCAGAGGACACACCUGUUAGCAUGCAAUCAUCUGAAAUUGUGAUGAAUCAUGGGGACUACCCAACAGACUUAUUCAGCGUGGAGGACAGACGUCAGGGCUAUGUGGUUUUUCAUAUGUUUGGCAUGUUCUACAUGUUCAUAUCCUUAGCCAUUGUCUGCGAUGAAUUCUUUGUUCCUGCGCUCACUGUCAUCACAGAGAAGCUGCAGAUCUCUGAUGAUGUAGCAGGAGCCACCUUCAUGGCGGCAGGUGGUUCAGCCCCAGAGCUCUUCACGUCUGUCAUAGGAGUCUUCGUCUCUCACAGUAACGUGGGUAUCGGUACCAUUGUGGGCUCUGCCGUCUUUAACAUCCUGUUUGUGAUUGGGAUGUGCGCCCUGUUCUCCAAAGAGGUGCUGAAACUCACCUGGUGGCCUCUGUUCAGAGAUGUAUCCUUCUAUAUUGUUGGCUUGCUCAUGCUCAUCUAUUUCUUUCUGGAUAAUCAAAUCACGAUUGGGGAAAGUAUCGGCCUGCUAUCCUGUUACACCUGCUACGUGACAUUCAUGAAGUUUAAUGCCAAAGUAGAACUUUUCAUCAAAGGCCUCCUGGGCAGCAACCAGGUGAAGGAGCUGGAGAUUGCACCAAAGUUGGAGUCAGAUCUGUUGCUCUCUGAUGUUGUAAUCUCAUACGGCGGCGCUCAGGUAAAUGAAUCUGGAGGUGAUGAGAACAAGCUGACGGCCAAACCGAGGCUGCAGAGGGAAGGCAGCUGUGCCUCUCUGCACAACACACUGAUGAGAAACAGCAUCUUCCAGCUCAUGAUACACACCCUCGACCCUCUCAGUGACGAAGGUAUGGGACGUUUCAAAGAGAAGGCAUCAAUCCUUAACAAAAUGGCCAAGCAGAAGUGUGAAGAAGAAGCUGCCAGUGCCAACGGUAUAGGAGCCCUCUCCCAGACACAACCUCCAAGAAAAGCAAAUUCUGAUAAAAACAUCCCCAACAGUUCAAAUAUUGCGGUGGAAGUCACACCACCCAUGAACGGUGUUGUAGGAGGAGACGGGGGUGGUGAGGAAGAGGAGGAUGAAGACCAGCCUCUGAGCCUUGCCUGGCCUGAAACAAAUAGGAAACGGCUCACCUACCUCUUAAUCCUGCCCAUCAUCCUUCCACUGUGGUUAACCCUGCCCGACGUCAGAAGAGAGACCUCAACAAAGUUCUUCCCCAUCACUUUCCUCGGCUCUAUUACUUGGAUUGCUAUAUUCUCCUACCUGAUGGUGUGGUGGGCUCACCAGGUUGGAGAAACAUUCUAUAUCACAGAGGAGAUAAUGGGUCUGACCAUAUUAGCAGCUGGCACUUCAAUCCCUGACCUGAUCACCAGUGUGAUUGUAGCACGAAAAGGCCUCGGUGACAUGGCCGUGUCCAGCUCUGUGGGCUCCAACAUCUUUGAUAUCACUGUGGGUCUGCCGUUCCCCUGGCUCAUCUACAACAUCAUCCACAACUUCAAGCCGGUACAGGUGAGCAGCAACGGCCUGUUCUGCGCCAUCGUCCUCCUUUUCCUCAUGCUUCUCUUCGUCAUUAUCUCCAUCGCGGCUUGCCAUUGGAGAAUGAGCAAGUUUCUGGGCUUACUCAUGUUCAUGCUCUACUUCGUCUUCCUCAUCAUCAGCGUCAUGCUGGAGGACAAAAUCAUCAGCUGCCCCGUCACCAUAUGAGAGAGAGCGACUCCCACUGGACGUCAGAAAGCAGAAAUUGAGCGCAGAUGUGCUCACGUGUACCAUGAUUUACUAUAGGAGUGGAAAAACAGGCUCGCACAGACACAAACCGUGUCUUAUCUGUCUCACUUAUAUACACAGUAGAAGACUGCAUACACACAG